CUGUAUCAUUUUUGCAGGUCACAAUUGAAAAAAUUUGUUGAAAAAAAGAAAAAUAAGAAAAAAAACAACAAAAAAUUAAGUGAAUUAAUUGCUUUUUCUUUUUGCAGAAAUUGGUUUCAUAUUAUUAUUGAAUAUAGCUGGCGGCGUAUUUUGCUGAUCUUUGCGGGUGGCUUCUUAGUGAGCUGGUGUCUUUUUGGUAUUCUCUACUACAUUAUUAUCAAAACUACGGGUAAUGAAGAGGUUCGGAUUUCAUCAUUUUUUAGAUAUAUGACAGAUGCAUGUCCAAUGGCAGUUGUUCUCCUAUGUUCACAGCUGAUUACUGGUGUACUUUUACAAACAUUAUUAACGGGUCUUGUUAUAGCCAAAGUUUUACGCCCGAAAAAGCGUCGACAGGAGAUAAGGUUUUCAACAAAAGCUGUCAUUGGACCUUCAGAAAAUGACAGUAGCCAACCGACUCUAAUGAUUAGAGUAGCAGAUAUGCAGAACAAUUUAUAUUUAGCUGAAUCUCAUGUGAGACUUUAUAUGGUUCGUAUGGGUAUUAAUAAGCUUGGUCAACGUCAAAUCAUAGACAUGAAGGAUAUGAAUGUUGGAUACGAUGAUGGUUGGGAUCGAAUUCUGUUGUUAUGGCCUAUGAUAAUCAAGCAUGAGAUCAAUGAAGAUAGUCCACUUUAUGGUUUUACUAGAGAAACUUUAGCUGAAGGCGCUUUUGAGUUGGUAAUGACGUUGGAAGGUAUUGUUGAAGCUACAGGAAUGACGUUUCAAGCUCGAACUUCAUUUCUACCAGAAGAGAUCAAAUGGGGUUACCGGUUUGCUCCAAUGGUUUUGAUGAACGAAAAAACACACCAGUACGAGGCACAUUACAGUUUAUUUGAAAAGGUUGAACCAGCUGACGGUUUCGUUAAAGUAGAUGAAGUGGAAGAAAAUUCUGAUAAUAGCUUAACAGUACAAAAAGGUUGUUCAAUAAACGAUGUAUUGGCUUAA